AUGGAAAAUUUUGUUCUUUAUGAUGAAAUUGCUGUUUCGGACGGACAGACAAUUUACAAGGCACGAAGGAAAGGCACAAUCUCUUUUUUGGCUAUUUCUUCCAUUGAUAAGCGAAAGCGGGCGUAUGUUACCAAUCAUGUACGGUUCGCCCACGAAUUCAAUCACCAGAAUGUAUUGCGAUUUUAUGAGUGGUACGAAACAAGCAACCACUUAUGGGUUGUGAUGGAUUUAUGUACGGGUGGAACGCUCGAGAACAUUUUACGAGAGGACAAGCUUUUCCCAGAGGAGGCUAUUAUACGCUUUGGUCGACAGCUUGUGCAGGGACUUAGUUUUAUGCACUUAUCUGGCGCAAUUUUUGCGGACUGGUGUCCUCGGAGGAUAUUUUUGGACGGUGAAGGCAAUAUAAAGUACUACGAUUUUUCUUAUGCUCGCAUGGAAAAUGAAUGUGGUCAGAAAUUCCUUAGUCGAUUUUCUGAAGAAAACGACGAGGGGGACUCCGAAUUCGACGGACUUUCGGACGCUGCGCUUCCAUAUAUAGCUCCGGAAGUGUUAUCGGGCCAACCCACAUCAAAAGCAUCAGAUGUAUGGGGACUCGGAUGCCUAUUAUUUCAGAUGUUCGCCGGUUCAACGCCCUAUGCGAGUCAGGUGCCCUCACACAGUGUCUGUUCCGUAAUACCGGCGAGUUCGAAAAAGCUGGCGACCAACGUCUUGAAUCGGGCCAAAACAGUAACGGAAAAUCCGACUCAUCGAGACCCAAAAACGAUUGUCAAGAGAACCUACUCUCUGGCAUCGCAAAGUUCUGCCAGAGAAAAGGAGAACGCACCACCCACUAAACUGGAAAUGCCGACGGCGUCGGCCACCUUCAGCCUGCAUGCCCAGUCCUGCCCCAUAACAAUGCGCCGAGAACCCGUCAAAGCGGCAGCUGAGGAUAAAAACAAUACAGCCGAGAAUAAUAGCGACUCGAUGGAGCGGAGCGGCUGCGAUUCUGUGAGCAGACUUUCCAAAUUAAGUACGAAUAGCGAGUCCGAUCAGACUUUCAGGUCGGAAGAUGGUCUGAAUAGUGCGAUUCUGUCGCCUCUCUCAAUGGAGGACCGAAUGACCAAGAGCGAAUUCACAUUUCGAGAGGAUGCGCUCAUAUACCCCUGGGGCGAUAAGUCAGCCUCUCUUCCUCAGGAGGUGGACCUUGUGCACGUGAACGCCCCUCACCAAUUGGAGGAUGUCUUCAGAGACGAACUAGAACAGCCCUCUGAUGACCUCGUUCCAAAUGGGACUGCGGCUGUUACGGAACGUCCUUUCUGGUGUCCGCAGCCAUUGUGCGACUAUGAGAAGUGGGCCCAGAAUUCGCCUCAUACUUCAUCCCGCGCUGACAGUCGUCCCCUGGGCAACACCACGACCUUUUCUCUGGCGAACAUCGCCUCACUGACACUCUUGGAGAUUGAGGAACAUUUCGAAGUGGUCCUUGGACUGAUAAACGGAGCUCCCGAGGAAAAGACAAAAUUGGCUGGUCGUCUUGCUUAUCUAACCUGGUUUACUUCAGCGACCACGCUUCUCUAUUCUAAAACUGCGCAGAAGAACCCCAACUACUCUUCACUCCUCUCCUCCUCUAUUUCGCGGGCUCAUGUACUCCUAGAAGAGGCUGUCCGACUUCUGAGACAGCCCACUGCGACCACAAAUUCUGAGACGCGGACUUGGCUCUGUCGAUUGAUUGGUCUUCUCGCGCACCGAACCGCCUACCUUCUCUUGUGGCUUAGUAGUGAACAGGAACAGCUGGCGCGCCAGCUCACUGUUUGUCUUGCACAAGAUAUCCCUGCGUGUCUAUCCAUUAUCGUCGAGGUGCUUCGUGAGCCCGCCACCCGCAAUCUCACCUACCUUCGACAGGCUGGUGUGACCGCUCUGGGAGAGCUAAUCAUCUGCGAAAUCUGUAUUGCCGGAGUCAUCCUCAAUCCAAGGAUUGACACCACUACUUGGGGCGACCUGAAUCCGGUCACUGUCGACAUCCAACAGGGCCAGUGGCAGUCAAUCACUUUCCAGUUAGUCCGAUGUCUCAGCGCAAACAGGGUGCCGUCAGCAGGCCAGCAGCAAAUGGUUUCACCAGCCACCUACUGUACCACUCUGACCACCAUUCCAGAAGACAACACCGCUAGGACCAGCGAUCUGGCUACAACGUUAACAUCGACAGGGUCUCAGGUGACGGAGGACCAUGUACGUCUUGCGGCAGCUCGUGCCCUUGAUGAGAUGAUUACUGCUGUCUUAGGCUGCAACCUUCAUCACCUACUCCAGCGCAUGAAUACGACCGAAGUAGAUCGAUCCCAGCCAGGCGUCGCGGUGAUGCUAACGCUUUCCACCUCCAUUUUCACCUUCCUUGACUAUAUAUUGACACCGGAGACAGUUAGUCGACUAUGGGCUGACGGUGUUCUUGGUGGCCUCUCAGAAGGUACUGGCAGUGGUGGAAGCACCGCUACCGGAACUGGCACUGUUGGUAGCCGUCUCAGCUCAGCAAGCAUGUCUGCUCAGAAUCCCCGUGCGAAAACGCAGCUAUGUCAACGAGUAGCCUUUACGUCCUCCAGUGCACUUGCCGGGCUUAUUCGUCUGCGGCCGGCCCUCUUCACCGGCGGCUUAAUCGACCGGAAUGGGACAAGCGCUUUCCUAGCCAAAUUCAACCCUUCACUCGCGAACCGUGAGCCCCACCAUACCGCUUUUACGGCGCGUCUCCUCUCAGCAACAGCCACCGGCCUCCUUGUGCCACUCUCCCUUAGAGUGAAGCCUCUGAGCCCCUCCUCCUUCCUCCUCGUCGGUAUGAAAGCGGGCACCCCGGCGGCUUGUCGUAGACUACUGGUCAGCCGGCGUUUCAUCUCUGGUCUUGUUAGACAUUUGGAGAGUCCCCACGUCAUGUUACGCGCCAAGGCCUAUCUUCUAGCUGCCGCUGCAUUGGAUAUCAGUCCCGGUGGCGUCUUACCCACCGCCUGCGAGUCGCGAUUGCCCUCCUGCUUGGAGCGUGACCUUCGGAUGACUAAUCAGCACAACCCACAAGUGCUCACGCCGAUGUCGACAACCGCAGCAGUGAUGGAGACUGACGGCAGUACUAAUGAGUCUACUGCAAUGCAAAUGCAUCUGGCCAGCUCAAAUCGGACGCCCUCUGUAAUCCACGCGCCUGAUCUCCAGUAUCUAGGCUUUUGUUGUCGACAUUUGGCCGACUUUUUGAUAGAUCAUUUGGUGCCGAAAAUAUGUGAACAGGUCAGUAUCCGUUUGGUUCUUGUUCCAAAACGCGUUACUGUGGUGUAA